UUCAAACCCACACAUGACGGACAGCUGUCAACCCGAAUUAUGACUGUGUGCUUGCGUCACUUUUUUUUUUACUUUUUUAUUUUAGAAAUAACUUAGAGAUUUGGAACAGAUAUCAAAGAUGUCCUAAUCGAAACGAAACUAAACCCGGAAGUUCCGGUCGCUCAGAGGCGACAGCUCAGCGUCUCCCAGCCUCCUGAUCCUCCGGUUGAGUCGCCUGUCGGGACACUCAUACAACCAUGGCUUUAUCGUGUCGUAAAGCGUGACUAAUCACACCAAGAUGAUGAGCGACAUUAUCGAGGAACAAGAGAAGGACACGCUUCUGGAGGCACGGCCCGGCACGCAGGAGCUGGCGGGUCCUGUCGGAGGGGCCCGACCCAAGACCUCCGAUGGAGGGCUCCGCCCCCUGGAGAAGAGGGGGCCCUACAUCAUGUCCAGAGUUCCGGCCAUCCACCUUAAACUCAAGAAACACCGGGAGUUGGCCAGGAAAGCUCUGAAGAAGAAGUCUCUGACCGCAGGCGCUCCUGUGAUGCAGCAGCCGAGACAAGGCCCAAAGAGAGCCAUGAAGUUCAACAAGGGUUACGCCGCGCUCAGCCAGCACGCGGAGGACACCCUGGUGGUGCUGGACUCGGACAGUGAUGAAGAGGUGGAGCAGUACUCCUCAGGCUAUUCCUCAGCAGAGGUCCAUCCAGACCUGAGCCGUCAGCUCCUGCAGGAUGGCUACCGUCUGGACGAGGUCCCGGACGACGAGGACCUGGACCUCAUCCCCCCCAAAGCCAUGGGCUCCUCUGGGUGCUGCUGCCUCCAGGUCCCCUCCUGCUGCAUGCAGUGAGACCGCCUCCUCCACCAACACCAUCACCUCCUCCACCAACACCACCGCCACCUCCGGAUCCCCUCCUCUCAUAUCAUCCUCAGUGACCAGGAGACCCUUCACCCCUGAUGGGGAAGACCUGAGCUGCUGAGCCCAACCCCCUGCCCCCCCUGCCCUCACUGAGUGACGUUGGUGGUGCUGGUGGUGCUGGAGAUGUGCAGUCAGCAGCAGUUGAGCAGCACCAGUGAGGAGCACGGACCCUUUCCCACUGUGACGCCCCUCAGAAGCGGUUGGUUCUUUUAACAGCUGAGACAAAACGCUGGCCCCGCCCACGUCCGGCUGGCCCCACCCAUGCCGGCUGACCCCGCCAAUGACCCCUGCUGGUGGCUGGGUCCGUAUCUGGAGUCGGUCACAAUAGCGCAGCAGGUUCCCCUUGGGGGUACUGGGACAGCGACUACAGACCAGUAACUCUUCAUAGCCCCAGUCCAAUCCUCCACUCUUCCAAUCUCCCAGUCCCCCCCCCCCCCCCCCCCUGUUGGUCUGUUUGGUUCCUGUUGGUUUUUACAUCGUGGCUCCCAUCGACUUUUAUCACUGUUUAUUUACAACACAAUGUGUAAUGUUACAUGACCUAAUAUUGUCUUAAAUGUCUCCCACUACUGCAUUGAGGGAUGUGUUGCAACACCUUCCGGCUGAGAGUUGGAUUGUUAUCUGGCUGCUCUCACUACCUCUGUGUUUCCACCAGUGUUUCCACCAGAUGUUCUGAGCGUGAGUGGAGGCGUUCAUGUGUGUUUGACUGUGGAAACCAGAGCGUGUGACACAGCCGUCUCUUCAACCACAUGUUAGGCAGAACUAUACCCCAGAAUAGACGGCUUCCAAAAUAAUAUAUACUGUAUAUAUAUCUAAACACACACACACACACACACACACA